AUGUCAGCGCUAUUCAAUUUUCAAAGCCUAUUAAGUGUCAUUCUCUUGCUGAUAUGCACUUGUGCUUAUAUUAGACACUUUUGGCCAGCUCUUCUGGAUUCACGAAAGCAUGGACUUUUAGGAUUGUUUUGGAAAUGUGCAAGAAUUGGUGAACGUAAAAGCCCAUAUGUUGCAGUCUGUUGCCUUGGAAUGGCAUGUGCAGUACUUUUCAAUUCUUAA